CUCAUAUUUACCUUUAUGAAACCGGCAGCAUAUUGAUACUUUUCAUUAUAGCAACUCGGUCCCUUCGAGCUGAAGGACCUGUGACGUCACAAGACUGCUGCUGUGACCACACAGGAAAGAGGACUGCAGGAAGUUUAAAUGCAUCUUCCGGUCUUAGUGUUACAGAAUAUCACUGACCACGAACAAGAUGAAGAAGAAGCUGCCUGAGCGGAUCCUGAAUCACAUCCUGGAGAUUCUCUACCUGCUGACGGGAGAGCGUGUGACUAACUCACUGACAGUGAGUCACAUGACUGGGGACAAGACGACAACAGAGAGGAUACUGACCCACACCCUGCAGAUCAUGUACCUGCUGACAGGAGAGGUGCCUAUAAAGUGUGAUGAUGUUGCUGUGUAUUUCUCUAUGGAGGAGUGGGAGUAUAUAGAGGGACACAAGGAGCUUUACAAGGACGUCAUGAUGGAGACUCGCCAAGCACUAAGGACUAUGGAGAUCCCAGGAAACAAGAGCUCAGAGCUAACAGGUCACAGUGAUAAACAUCUAGACACAGGAGCAUAUGCAGUACAGAAUAUUCAGCCAUCAGAUAUCUCUGCAGGUCUUUCAGCUGAACCAGUGGACACUUACUUCAGGAUGGCUACUAGAAGCAGAAGAAUCCCUAAGAAGUAUCUGGACGGCGAGAAUUUGUGGACGGGCAGCACAGUGCGAGAGGAGAAGAAGGCCAAGAAGAGAAAAAGGAAAACUGUAGGAGUUAGAGGCAUGGAGUCAAAGGGAACUGUCUUUCCUGAAAGGCUAGGGAGUGCUGUGCAGGCUGUCACAGAGGCUGGAAAGGAGGUUUCAUUCGGAAUCACGGAUGGAGAAGGGCGGAGGGAGCAGUCAACAGAGGAGCAACGAGAUCAAGGAACAGAGAGCCAGCAGAAACAACCCGGUCCGAGCAAAGUGAGGCCUAGGGUGGAACUUUCAAUUUGUGGAGCGGGAGUACAUAAGAAAGGUGAAUUCACAAACUGCAAUAAUCCUCGUCAUAAUCAGAGUGCAGAUGCUUCUUUACAUCUUCAAAAUCAAAGAAGCCACAUGGGAAAUGUAUGUUCUGAAUGUGGGAAAUGUUUUCUUAAGAAAGCACUUCUUUCUAAACAUCUAAAAAUUCAUACAGGAGAAAAGCCAUUUUCAUGUACUAUAUGUGGGAAAUGUUUUACUCAGAAAUCAAAUCUUUUUCGUCAUCAGAAAAUUCACACAGGGGAGAAAGGAUUUUCAUGUUCUGACUGUGGGAAAUGUUUUUCUGUGAAAUCAAAUCUUAUUAACCAUCAGAAAAUUCAUACAGGGGAGAAAGGAUUUUCAUGUUCUCACUGUGGAAAAUGUUUUACCCAGAAAUCAAAUCUUAUCACUCAUCAGAAAAUUCAUACAGGGGAGAAAGGAUUUUCAUGUUUUGAUUGUGGAAAAUGUUUUACUCAGAAAAGAACUCUUAUUAGGCAUCAGAAAAUUCAUACAGGGGAGAAAGGAUUUUCAUGUUCUAAAUGUAGGAAAUGUUUUACUCAGAAAUCAACUCUUAUUAUUCAUCAGAAAAUUCAUACAGGAGAGAAAGGGAAGAAAAGAUUUUCAUGUUCUAAAUGUGGGAAAUGUUUUCUUAAUAAAUCACAUCUUUUUAAUCAUCUAAAAAUUCAUACAGGAGAAAAGCCAUUUUCCUGUCCUAUAUGUGGGAAAUGUUUUACUCAGAAACCAAAUCUUUUUCGUCAUCAGGAAAUUCAUACAGGGGAGAAAGGGUUUUCAUGUACUAAAUGUGGGAAAUGUUUUACUCAGAAAUCAAAUCUUAUCACUCAUCAGAAAAUUCAUACAGGGGAGAAAGGGUUUUCAUGUUUUGACUGUGGAAAAUGUUUUACUCAGAAAACAACUCUUAUUAGGCAUCAGAAAAUUCACACAGGGGAGAAAGCAUUUUCAUGUUCUAAAUGUGGAAAAUGUUUUAUCCAGAAAAACACUCUUAUUAGGCAUCAGAAAACUCAUUUUAAAAGAAAUCAGAGCUUAACAUCCAAAGUACAGAGGGUUACACAAAGUUGUAACCCACACAAUAUGAAGUGCUGAUGACUGCAUGUGAUCCUCUGGGGUGCACAGUUUUAGAGCUGUUUUGAGGCCCCUUCUGCACCUCAAGCAUUUAUGAGGUGACCCCAGGUUGUAUUUUAUUUAAAUCAAAA